AUGGAGGAGGCCGCCGCCGCCGCCGCUGGCGAGUGCCGCCGGCGCAAGGCUCUGACCGCAAAGAAGAAACGCCCCGGCGUGAACCUGCUCCGCCUGGCGGUCUUCAUGGUCCGACUACGCUCUCCCCCUGGGGCAGCGCCGUCGCCGGCCGGCGGCGCCGCCAGCCCCAGAGGGAAAGGCCUCUGGAAGACCCUGGUGGCCGUCGUUCGCCUGUUGCACCCCGUCGGAGACCGCGGCGGCGCUAUGCUGCUCCCCACUGGAACCUCCUCAGCGCCGCCCACUCCGCCGUCGCCCUCCGCCUCGGAGGACUCGCAGAGCGGCUGGACCAGCAGGUACCCGUCGGCGGCGGACCUCCGGGAGCUCGCCGACAGCGAGAGCGACGAAGAAGCCGACGGCGGCGGCGGCGGCGGAGCACCGCACUCCAUCGAUCUCAGGGCGGAGGAGUUUAUCGCCAGGUUCUACGAGCAGAUGAGGCUCCAGCAAUUGGAUUCCCUCAACGCAGACCCCGUCGAGCCCUAUUGUCGUUCUUCAGCAGGUACUCAUUCCUAG